AUGUUCCGCGCACCCCUUCAUGCGAGGGCUGAGGAUUCCGAUCCCCACAAUAUCCACGAAAAGAUUUUGCUGGCUGCUAGGAGGUCAGGUGUCAUAUCUUUAAACGGCCGUGGACUUUCCUAUGUCCCACCAGUUAUCUGGACGUUGAACAAACACUUUUCAGAGGAGAAGCCCAUCAGUUUCGAAUCAGCUAGUGAUGACGAUAUUAAAUGGUGGGAGGCUGAACCCAUCACUCGACUCAAUUUAUUUGGUAAUUCCAUAAAAGAACUGCCUGGAGACGGUAUCUCUCAGUUAGACAGUCUCGUAAACAUAGAUAUUCGCGACAACGAAUUGACUGGUUUGCCCGAAGAAGUAGCAGCGUUAGUGAAUUUAAAACAGCUUCUAUUGAGCUCGAACCAAAUCACCACGCUACCAAAGACCUUCACACAGUUGACGACUCUAGUGCUGUUGGAUUUGGCGCACAACCGUCUCACCGCAUUACCUGAUGAUAUGGAAAAUCUCACAGCGUUGGAGAAACUCGACGUCUCAGAUAACCAACUGAGCCAAGUUUCACCCAACCUACCUCCUGCACUGAUCAGUUUAAAUCUCAGCAGAAAUCGGUUAAUUCGUCUUCCUCAAGGGUGGAUCCAAUCUUGUCCAGUGUUACGCGAAUUCAAUGCCUCCGACAACGACCUCGAAGAUGUUGGCAUCACCGAGGACCCAAAGCUACUCACUCUUACCAUUCUAACUCUUCACAAAAAUCAUCUUUGUACAAUACCCCUACUCAGGGCCUUUCCACGCCUCAAAGACGUAUCUCUUGGUGACAACCGAAUCGAUUCUUUCAAUUUGGAGCCUUUCCAAGGCCUUCACGAUUUAGCCACCCUUGAACUCAGUCGAAAUCGUAUUGCAGCUGUGCCAGACGGCAUUCCGAAGGCCCUACCUGCUCUGGCUCGAUUGGACCUCUCCAGUAACGAAAUCAAGAGCAUUCCAACUGAAUUGGGUUUUAUGGAGUCCCUAAAUGUACUAGUUCUGGGUGCCAAUCCACUUCGAAGCCUUGGACUAAAUGUCAUAAAUUCAGGCACAGAGGCUGUAAAGGCAUUGCUAAGGGAGCGUCACAGGCCAGAAGGCAUUCAAGUACCCAAAAAAGAAUCUUUGACAGCUCCUUGUGACAAUGAGACAGCAGUGUCCACAAAUCCCUACGAUCACCUACCGGCUGUGGUCGCAGGCUCCGGUGUUCUUGACUGGGGACGACGAGGGAAAAAGCAAACCGGUGGACAUCGAUUCGGUGCGCCUACAGAAGAUGAAUAUGACAAACUGCCACCGCUGGAUGACCAGGAGGUGUGGAGGGCAGUGGCGCUCAGGGGGCGUGAUGUGGACGUUGCAGUAAAGAAGAUAAUUCUCUCCAAUCGUGGGAUUGAAACCUUCCCUAUGGGUAUUAUGGCCUUUCAAGAUUCUCUGGCAGUUCUGGAUCUUUCCUACAAUAAGCUUUCACAACUUCCAAAUGAAAUUAGCUGUCUUUCAAGGCUGGAAAUACUCAGCCUAAGUAACAAUGUACUCACUUCGCUUCCAAUGAGCCUGUCCAAACUCUCAGCACUAGCAACGCUCGUUUUGGAUUUUAAUCCAGGGCUGGGACCUGAACUACCUUUAGAAAUCCUCUUUGUUGAGCCGCUUUGUCGGAGUCUGCAAGAAAUAUCAGCUCGUAGCUGUCGAUUGACACGUCUACCACCGGCUUUGGUGGUUUCUGUUGACCGGAUGCCACAACUACACACGCUGAAUGUCUCCGACAAUGAUAUUGGCGCUCUUGAACCGGAGCUGGGUCUUUGCACACAGAUUCAAAAUCUCCAUGUUACCGGCAACACUUUCAGAGUUCCACGGCCUGCGAUUGUUGCCAAGGGAACAGCGACAAUUUUGGAGUACUUGCGUUCGAGGAUCGCUGAAAGCACAGAUUCCUUCGACCUUACCGUCGGAAUAAUCGAAAUGACAACAAUUUCAAUAUGGGGUCUUUGUUUCCAACCCGUGCACGCAAUUCCUGCGUGCAGUGUGUCCGCUGGUGGAUGUUGGCCGGAAGGUGGCAUGGAAGAACACCAUUAUGGCGCAUUUUCGGGUCUCGGACACAUUGGCAUUUUAUCUGUACCUGAUAAUGACCAAUGA